AUGGGUGCAGCCGCUCUGAUCAAGCUGCUGCAGCCUCCUGUGAUAGCCGCUCCUCUGGGCCACGAUGUCCUCCUUCCCUGUGAACUCCAAGCUUCCCAGGAUGUGAAGAUAACAAACACGCCUGUGCUUUACUGGACGGCUGCAGGAGAUCGGACCUUAGAAGUUGACCGUAACUCUUCUAACUACUCCCAUGUGUUGAAGAAGGUGCAGUGGUCUGACAGCGGCCCGUAUCAGUGCAAAAUGUCCAUCAAAACCAGCAGUGAAGAAAGUUUCCGGCUGAAGGGAACCAACACCACGCUGGUCAUCUACGACACCAUGACCUUUAACCCCAGCAGCCACAAUCACUUCCUGCUCCGCUGUGAGAUAAACGUGUCCGAGGACCUCGGCUUCGCUCUGUCAGUCCUCAAAGAUGGAUCCCUCCUCCAGGGCGUUGACUCUGACCACGGACCCGCCGUCAGCGGCGCCGUCACUCUGUCCCAGACCGUCUCCCUGACAGGAGGACAGAAAUACGAAUGUCUGCUGCUCCUGAGGGGAGAUCUGGUGACCAGCAGCACCUUCUACACCAAACCCACAGCACCUGGAGGAGGAGGAGAGAGCCAAUGGUCUUCAUCCGUUAUGGAAAGGGUGGAGCAGAUCCAGGAGCCGUGGAUUCUGUAUGGAUCUCUGCUGCUGGUGCCCAUCGUGGUCCUGCUGGCCCUGCUUACAGCCAUCCUGAUGUGCUGAUAGACCAGGUCAUGACAACACAACCCAGACCAGAUGGACACAGAGGAAGGACUUUUCUCUCCCUGCUACCUUACAAUCAGCAUCACUGACUGAUUUAGAUGAAUUAUUGGUCUGAUUCUGGUCUCCAUGAUGUCACUCAACCCUGAUAAUCAUCAUCAAUUAAAGACAU